UCAAGGUGAUACAAUCAGCCUGCAGAGCCCUAAGCGGAUCGUUACCCUCUCAAGUAAAAACAGCGUUGACUUUUACUCAUUUUUAGUAGUAAGCUCCUGUGCUGAGACAGUAUAUUUUCUGCAGCAAAUCUCUGAGGAAUGAUGUAAUUUUUCAGGCAAGAUGUUUUUCCCCAAGGAGAAGUGGUUUUUGAAGCCACUUUUUUGAACAGCGGCAAAUCCCACUCCCCCCAACUUUUAAGCAGCUCUUGGGUUCCCCCAGAAACCCACAGUCACUGACUCCAUCUCUCAUAGUCCCUCGACGACCCUCUUCUCUCCAACAGAGUCAGACAGGCAGGCAGACCUCCACCGACCCGAGUACAGACACAAUGGAUUGGUCGUCGUCCUCCACCUCCAGCCUGAUGGCCAGCAGCAACGUGACCAACAAGACCGACCCCCGCUCCCUCAAUUCCCGCGUCUUCAUCGGCAACCUCAACACCCUGCUGGUCACCAAGGCCGACGUGGAGGCCAUCUUCUCCAAGUACGGCAAGAUCGUCGGCUGCUCCGUCCACAAGGGCUACGCCUUUGUCCAGUACUCCAAUGAGAGGAACGCCCGGGCCGCCGUGGCCAGCGAGGACGGCCGCAUGAUCGUGGGACAGGUCCUAGAUAUCAACCUGGCAGGAGAGCCGAAGCCUCACAGAUCCAAGACUGUGAAGCGUUCGGCGGGAGACAUGUACAGUUCGUCUUUCGAUUUGGACUAUGACUUUCAAAGAGAUUACUAUGAUAGGAUGUACUCCUACCAGUCCCGGGUGCCUCCUCCUCCUCCGCCGCUGUCCCGCGCCGUCAUCCCCUCAAAGCGCCCCAGGGUCAGUCUGAGCGGCGGAGGGAGCCGACGAACCAAAGCCAGCUUCUCCUCCUCCUCCAAAAGCAGCCAGAGGAACUCACGUACGAGUAAGUCCCAUAUUGUCAUGUACAAAUAUGCCCCCCCCCCCAAUCCCCCAUACUGCGUUCUCUGUCAGCGUUCUCAUGUCUUGUUCCUGUCUUGUCUCAUGUCUGUUCCUGUCUCCACAGUGAAGGUAGACGAUCUGCAGACCAUCAAGAGAGAGCUCACACAGAUCAAACACAAGGUGGACUACCUGCUGGAGAGCUUGGAGCGCAUGGAGAAGGACCACGGCAAGAAGUCCGACAUGAAGAGCUCCAAACCAGAGCCCGGUGAAGUGUCCCCGCUCCACUCAUCUACCUCCAGCAAGAAGGAGGACAGCCUGAAACGGGACAGAGAGAGCCAGGAGCUGAACGACUCCGAGGACGAGGGAGAUCUGCUGGAGGACGAAAAUGAGAUGAAAAGCAGAGGGAGACACGAGGAUGAGGAGGAAGGCGAGCAGGAGGAAGGAGAGGACGACGGUGAUAGCGCCAACGGAGACGAGUCAUAAACACUACACAGGCAGGCUGACACACAUGCACAAAACUAUUGUGUGUGAUUGUGUUUCCACAUCAGACUUGUACACAAUGGUCAAUGUGCUCAUAUCUGCUGAAUUGACUGGACAUUUAUAUACAGUGUAUUGUAGACAUUUCCCUCUGUCGCAUAGAUUCACAAAAUCAUAACUAUGUCAAGUUGUUUCCGGAUUUAGUAAAUAACUUUUCUUUACUUUUUUUCUUCUGUUUUAUUUUAUUUGAAUUUUAACAUUUAACAUUUUCUGACACUGGAUAAAAACAAACUCUGAUGUGUUACAUUUAGACAAAAUGUCAGUUCAGUUAACCUGUUUUACAUUUCCAGUAUAAACAAAUUGAAACAAUGUAAACCAAGCCCGUAUCAUUUAUUGAUUUUAGAUUAAUGUGUUGAAUUGUUACCAAAAACUGAACAAACUAUCAUUUGGCAGAAGCUGAUAUUUAAACAAAACUGGAAAAAAAAAAAUUGCUCAGGUGCAACGGUUUGAUCAAAGCUCCGUCUUGAAAAAAAUGUCAAAUAUAUUCCCGAUCCAGCUGCUGUACAGCUGCCUCCUAACCAGCAGAUGGCAGUGUGUCAUAACAACUGUCCACACAAAAGAACAUAAUAACUUAUUUCUGUCCUUCACAGAAAAUCCUCACCCUCUGCUUGUCAGAUAACACGAGCAUGUUGAAAAUUUCAUGUCGGACUGCACAAAUGCUCCGACAGAAACCCUCAUUACUCUGAAAAUAGUUUUGUUUGUUGCAGAGGUGUUACGACCUUAAUCGACCUUGACUUGUGUAAUGCAGUGCUACUCCAUGUUUGUCUGUUUCUGUUGAUGUUCUGUUUGUCAUUCAGCUGCACUGGUGAAAGUGAAUAAACAUAUUUUCCAAGUUG